GUUUUUCCCAACAUUCUUGUUGUGGAUAAAAGAUGUCUUCAAGUGUCUGUCAAGGGUUGGAAUCAUGCCUGGAGCUGCGGCACAUUGAAUCACGUUUACUGAUGCUGAAACUGGCUCCACCGGUAACGAAUUUCCUACCCUCUUCCGUUGCGCCUCAUACCAAGCCGAAACCGAUGCCGUUUACCGAAGUUAAAGACGCCAUCACCGUCGAUGACUGCAAGUCGAUAGGCAAUCGCAAUGUUGACACAGUUGGCCGGAGUUUCCUCCAGUCUCUCGCCAAUGCCAAUGGCUCUAAUUCUACCCGUAACGACAAAGUUUACAUGCACCCUCUCGUAAAGCGUUCGGCUUCUAUGCUGAGUGAAAGAAGUCUCGAAAUGUGCACCGAAAACUUAGGCAGUGAAACCGGAAGUGAAGUUAGUGAGAGCAUCGACAACGUUCUGCUUUCGAAACCGAGGGAAAGUUCAGCGAGGAAGAAAACGAGCCGUGUCAAUUGCUUUCCACCUCCGUUGACAUCCAUUAGUGGCUCCAACUGUGUCGAACUCAAGUCUCUCAGAGAAGGCGGCCGUUUAGUUCUUCAAGCCGUGAUUACCCCUCCUUGCAAUAGCUACUUCCACACGGAACGAAGCGAAGGCAGGCUUAGGUUUUCCCUAUUCAAGGACGCCGAUGCCUCCAAAGUCGACGACGACAAAGAGGAAGACCGGGAGGAGGUCGUACAGAAGCACGAUGAAGAUGGCGAAAAUAAUAUAGUAGUAAAAGGGAAAGUUAAAGAUAUAUGGAAGGAAAUAGUGGGUGUGUUGGGCUCGAAAUCCGAAACUGAGGAAAUCUGGCCAUCAACUUUCUUCACUGUUGAGAACCUACAACAUCAGGCUGGAGCUUCAUUCCCCACUGACUAUCCUGCAACAUCUAUGUUGAAACCAUGA